CAUCACUUUUCGGCAGGGCACUUACAUCAGAGUUUGACAGUUUGUUGAUGUUUCUUGCAAGUUGCGGUUCUUGUUUCUUCAAAAAUUGUUUGUCAUUUUUGCUGAAGAGAUUUUGUUAGUUUACCGACUUUGUUCGUUGAAAAAUUGUAUUAAAAGAUGUUCCUCACCAGAUCCGAAUAUGACCGUGGUGUCAAUACCUUCUCGCCAGAGGGCCGCCUGUUCCAAGUAGAAUACGCCAUCGAAGCUAUAAAACUCGGCUCGACCGCUAUCGGGAUUUGUACCCAAGAAGGUGUCGUAAUGGCUGUGGAAAAGCGUAUCACGUCACCCCUGAUGGAACCGACCAAAGUGGAGAAGAUCGUCGAAGUGGAUCGUCACAUCGGUUGCGCCACGUCCGGACUGAUGGCCGAUUCACGUACCCUGUUGGACCGAGCAAGGGUGGAGUGUCAAAACCAUUGGUUCGUUUACGACGAACGAAUGUCGGUGGAAUCCUGCGCGCAGGCCGUUUCCAGUUUGGCAAUUCAAUUUGGGGACAGCGACGAUACCGGUUCGGCCAUGAGUCGACCUUUCGGUGUCGCGAUUCUGUUUGCCGGAAUUGAUAACGGAGAACCGCAGCUGUGGCACAUGGAUCCCUCCGGGACGUACAUUCGCUAUGACGCCAAGGCAAUCGGAUCUGGUAGCGAAGGAGCACAGCAGAAUCUACAGGAAUACUACCUCCAAACGAUGACUAUCAAGGAAGCGAUCAAUUUAGCCCUCAGCACCCUGAAACAAGUCAUGGAAGAGAAGCUUAAUUCCACCAACGUAGAAGUGAUGACGAUGACCCCCGGGGGCCUUUUCCGGAUGUUCACCAAGGAGGAAGUCGAAGAGUACAUCAACAACAUGAGCUAGAUGCAUUGGAUAUGAUAAGUUCGUGCCGUUGGAUAAACACUUUGGAAUACACAUAUGUUAAUUUGCGAAGCGGGAGGAUAUGAAUAAUACAUCGCUUUCCAAGGGAUAUCGAUUCAGUA